ACGACUGGCCAAUUUGAGUCUAGUGCAGUAGGUGGAGCGCUUGUUUAUUUGCUGGGAUGAAGAGUACUUUCUUACACGCGUGUAUUUCUGUGGACUGCCAUGUUUCUACUAACACUCCUGCUUAGUCAUUUUUAGGACCGCCAUUGGCCAACCACAACGCCCGCAUUUCUGAUGGUCAGAUUAGUUGGAAGCUCGGCCUGGAAGUAACGCACAGCAGGUCUCUUCAUCCCCCAAAUCGUCAACCAAAGACUGCACAACAAUGCUGUCCACGAGAGCGGCGCCCAAGCAGGCAGUGACUCUCACAAGGACCGCCGUGAGAGGCCUGGCCACUGUCCAAGAUGGCACCCCUAAACGCACCUACGGCGGGUUGAAGGACCAGGAUAGGAUUUUCCAAAACCUGUACGGACGAUUCCCGGCCGACCUGGCCAGCGCAAAGAAGAUGGGCGACUGGCACAAGACCAAAGAAAUUAUUCUCAAGGGCGACAAUUGGAUUAUCAACGAAAUUAAGGCCUCAGGUCUCCGCGGUCGCGGUGGCGCUGGCUUCCCCUCGGGUUUGAAAUGGUCGUUCAUGAAUACCAAGGACUGGGACAAGGACAAGAAGCCCCGAUACCUUGUCGUCAAUGCCGAUGAAGGCGAGCCCGGCACCUGCAAGGACCGCGAAAUUAUGCGAAAGGACCCCCACAAGCUCAUCGAAGGUUGCUUGGUUGCCGGCCGUGCCAUGAACGCUACUGCCGCCUAUAUUUACAUCCGUGGCGAAUUCGUUUACGAAGCUGCUGUUCUACAAGCCGCCAUUAACGAGGCAUACAAGGACGGAUUGAUUGGCAAGAAUGCCUGCAACUCUGGCUACGACUUUGAUGUCUUCCUCCACCGCGGCGCUGGUGCCUACGUUUGUGGUGAGGAGACAUCUCUUAUUGAGUCUCUUGAGGGCAAGCCCGGCAAGCCCCGUCUUAAGCCUCCUUUCCCUGCUGCCGUCGGUCUUUUCGGCUGCCCUUCUACCGUCGCCAACGUUGAGACCGUCGCUGUCGCACCGACCAUCUGCCGUCGCGGUGGAAGUUGGUUCGCUGGCUUCGGUCGUGAGCGUAACCAGGGAACCAAGCUAUUCUGCAUCUCCGGCCACGUCAAUAACCCUGCUACUGUGGAAGAGGAGAUGUCUAUUCCCCUUCGUGAGCUUAUUGAGAAGCACUGUGGUGGUGUCCGUGGUGGAUGGGAUAACCUCCUCGCUGUCAUUCCUGGUGGCUCUUCCACCCCCAUUCUCCCCAAGAACAUCUGCGAUGACCAGCUCAUGGACUUUGACGCGUUGAAGGAUAGCCAGUCUGGUCUCGGUACCGCCGCUGUCAUUGUCAUGGACAAGAGCACUGACGUCGUUCGUGCCAUCAGCCGUCUCAGCCAUUUCUACCGCCACGAGAGUUGUGGUCAGUGCACUCCCUGCCGUGAAGGCAGCAAGUGGACCGAGCAGAUUAUGAAGCGUUUUGAGAACGGCCAAGGCCGCGAGCGUGAGAUUGACAUGCUUCAGGAGCUUACCAAGCAGGUUGAAGGCCACACCAUUUGCGCUCUUGGCGAAGCUUUCGCUUGGCCCAUUCAGGGUCUCAUCCGCCACUUCCGCCCCGAACUGGAGGCAAGAAUGGCCAAAUUUGCGGCAGAGAAUGGAGGUCCUGCAUUUGCUGGUGGUUUGGAGCGUGGCGCGCGUGCUCAAGGAAAGCUUGUGUCUCCCGGUCAAUAAUUGUGUCAUCUAGAUUGCAAGGAAUUCCUGCUUAGGAAGCUGUAGAUUUCCUAGGUUUGGCGUCUUGUUGUUACCACUGCUUGCGCAUGCAUACUCGCAGUUGCUGGUCCUGUAUUUUUUCUUUUGUUUUCUUGAAUGAUAAUCUAGAAGAUUGUCCCCCAACUGGAAGAAUUACUGUGAAUAGAGUCUUUAGCUGUGAACGUGAA